AUGAGCGCCCGCUUGAACUGCGCGGGGCCCGACGAGGACGCGGAAGUCUCCGACGCUGAGGCCGUGAAGAACACGCAGCCCCAAGAGGGCAGCAACGACAAGUGGAUCGCGCACUUGCUGUGUCUCUCGCGCGGCAACUUCGAUGGGUUGGGGGAUAUUCGACUUCGGGACGGCAUGAAGAACCAGUGGGAUGUGGCGCACAUUGCCGCUAUUGUCACGGAGUAUAUGGAAAAGCACAAGAUCGACGCGGUCUUCACGUUCGAUGACUAUGGCGUAUCGGGCCAUGCGAACCACAUUGCGACGCAUUACGGAGUGAAGCGAGCGGUCCGUGAGCAGCAGGAGAAGUGCUCUGCUGCUGUUGCUGAUGGGGAGGAUAAUGCCGACUCGAAGACCGAGAAGACGAAGGUGGUUCGUGGGUGGGCGUUGGAGAGCACCAACAUUUUGAGGAAGUAUGUCGGACUGCUGGAUGCGGCGCUGUCGUACUGGCUGGCGUGCCGGAAGGAGGACGAGAAGGAAGAGGAGCGCCAAUUCGUGCUCUUCGUGGCGUUCUCGCGCUACACUUUCAUCAACACCUUCCGCCCGCUGUUGACAGUUGGCAAGGCUGAUCUUCCGGCAGAGCAGAAGAAGACGCAGUAA